AUGGAAAAUUAUCUUCGUUCUCGAGCAAAAUCACAAAAUGAUAUAGAUUUAUGUCAUGCAAAACAAGAGUUGUCAUUUAAGAAUGAAAGAAGAAAAAGUUAUUUAUGGUGGUUAAAACAUAGAAAGCUCUAUGCUUAUGAUCAAGUUCCAAAACAUUUACAAACAAAUCCAUUUAUUAUCAAAGGCUAUCGAAAUUAUGAUAACUUAUUUACAGCUGAACAUAGUACUGAUUACUUGAUGCUAUUAUUUUACGUCUUAUCCGUUAUAGCUUGUAUGUUAGCGUCGACAAUAUUACACUUGCUUAGUGGAUGUUCAGCAAAAACAUAUAGUGCAUGUCUACAAUUAGAUCUUCUGGGAUAUUGUGCUCAACCAUACUUCCCUGCUCAAAUCGUAUUUUCUCCAAAUAAUGGUCAAACAAUAUUUGCAAUUGAUGAAAUAAAUCAACGAGCAUCUAAAACAAUUGAUUAUGGUGAUCAAGGACGACAAACAUCAUAUGGGAUGAUAAAUUCGUUGAUUCAAUUCCAAAAAAUUGGGCUAGUACAUGCCAAGAUAUUAAUCUCGAACUUUCAUUUAUCCACAAAUGCCAAUAAUAAAGUUAAAUCAAAGUGGAGAACUUCAACUUUGGCUUCAAUCACCUCCACAUCGAAUCAAUGGAAAUCAGCAUACUGUCUUGAUUGCUUGAUAUGA